ACAUGAACCAUCGACAAGAUAAUCUAAAGAAAACUGUAAGUGGUGCAGUGAAGAAGCUACCUGGGUAUUUCCCACUUCAGACACAGUGUCACAGACGCGACGAGACGUCGGAAACAGCUUAAAUUCAUUUAUUUAUUUCUUUAUUUUCUUUUACAAUUUUGAGAAGAAGGAGAGUUACCACUUGCCACAUUGCUGCUGUUGUAAGGUUUCAAGGUUGAACCUCCAUUUUAGCUAUUUUUUCAGCUCUCCAUUACUUGUCUUUAUGAUAUCGGUAUUCUUCCUUUAAAUGAACUACAAUCAUUUGUUGUUGUGACCCACAAUGCACUCUGCAUCAAAUCUACAGUCUUCCUUUGAAUCCCUUUCCUCGACUAAUGGCCUUUAUAUUUAUGGAGUUUCCUCCCAGAAGUCUGACCACCUCCUCUGCUCUCACAUUGCUUUGGAAGAAGAAAAUUCAUUUCAAUUCGAUUCAGUUCAAGCAAAAUGCUAUCUUGUUUCCUGACCCGAACCAACCAAUACUGUGUUGUGUUCUUAUCCCUCAUUUUAAAUUAAUUCUGUAGCGCUUCCAACUGGUUUUGAGUUUUGGAUGUUUGCUUGUGUUCCUCAGUACAAAUCUGGGUUCUCUCCAUCUGGGUAUCUGGCAUUUUCAUGAUUCUCCCUGAACUUGAACUGAUCGAUCGGCCAUUUUGUUUCAUUCUUUCACUUGAAUCCAUCAAUAGACGUCAGAUCCCUUAAAAGUUUCAGCUUUUAGCUGGAUAGGCUCUGUGCCACGCUUCAGUCAUGCGACUUACCUGGACGUUAGACUAUCAUUCUCUCCAAUGGCAACUCGAUUUGGAUUAAUUUUCAAAGAUAGCAGACUUUCAUAAGUGCUGUUUUUUUCUCUCCUCUGUCUAUUACUCCUUUCUGGUCUCCUUUCUCUCUAAAACCAUCAGAAGGACGUCACCAUUCGUCUGAGCUACGCAGAAUCAUGGUAGAGACCUUUAUACCAUUCCGAGGAAUCAAGAACGAUCUUCAUGGGAGGGUAAUGUGUUACAAGCAAGAUUGGACGGGAGGUUUCAAGGCAGGCUUCGGGAUUUUUGCUCCCACCAUGUACAUAUUCUUCGCUUCUGCAAUCCCAGUUAUUUCAUUCGGUGAACAAUUGGAGAGAAAUACAGAUGGGAUUUUGACCACGGUUCAGACAUUAGCAUCUACUGCAUUGUGCGGGAUUAUACACUCGAUUAUUGGAGGUCAACCUUUGCUAAUUCUAGGAGUUGCUGAGCCAACUGUGCUUAUGUACACAUUCAUGUUCAACUUUGCCAAAGAUAGACCAGAUUUGGGGCCAAAACUUUUCCUAGGAUGGACUGGAUGGGUAUGUGUGUGGACUGCAAUCUUGCUGUUCUUGCUGUCUAUUCUAGGAGCUUGCUCCAUUAUCAAUAGGUUUACUCGACUGGCAGGAGAACUCUUUGGUCUGCUCAUUGCAAUGCUCUUCAUGCAGGAAGCCAUCAAAGGACUUCUGGAUGAGUUUCGCAUACCCAAAAGAGAAAAUCCAAAGUUAACAGAAUUUAUACCUUCUUGGAGAUUUGCAAAUGGAAUGUUUGCCCUAGUGUUGUCAUUUGGCCUUCUGCUUACUGCGUUAAGAAGCAGGAAGGCACGGUCAUGGCGAUAUGGAUCUGGUUGGCUUCGAGGCCUCAUAGCAGACUAUGGUGUUCCAAUGAUGGUUUUGGUCUGGACAGCUGUCUCUUACAUACCAGCUAGCAAUGUCCCAACAGGGAUUCCCCGGCGCCUUUCCAGCCCAAAUCCAUGGUCACCUGGUGCAUAUGAGAAUUGGACGGUCAUCAAGGACAUGCUAAAUGUACCCAUUCUUUACAUAAUCGGAGCUUUUAUUCCAGCCACAAUGAUUGCAGUACUUUACUAUUUUGACCACAGUGUAGCAUCUCAACUGGCUCAGCAGAAAGAGUUCAAUUUGAGGAAGCCAUCUUCUUUCCAUUAUGAUUUACUUCUUUUGGGAUUCAUGGUCAUAUUGUGUGGUCUUAUUGGAAUCCCACCAGCAAAUGGUGUCAUACCACAAUCUCCAAUGCAUACAAAGAGUUUAGCUACACUCAAGCACCAGUUGCUACGCAACCGUCUUGUGGCAACAGCACGCAAAAGUAUUGGUAAGAAUGCAAGCUUGGGGCAAUUAUAUGGAAAUAUGCAAGAGGCUUAUCAGCAGACGCAGACCCCAUUGAUCUACCAGCAGCCAGCCACUCAAGGACUGAAGGAUCUCAAGGAGACUACAAUUCAAUUGGCUUCAAGCAAGGGAAAUAUUGAUGCUCCAGUUAAUGAGACAAUAUUUGAUGUUGAGAAGGAAAUUGAUGAUCUUUUGCCUGUUGAGGUCAAAGAGCAGCGGCUUAGCAACUUGCUCCAAUCUUUGAUCGUAGGAGGCUGUGUUGCAGCCAUGCCGUUCCUUAAAAUGAUUCCAACUGCAGUACUGUGGGGCUACUUUGCCUUCAUGGCUAUUGAAAGUUUACCAGGCAAUCAGUUCUGGGAGAGGAUCCUAUUACUUUUCACUGCUCCAAGCAGAAGAUACAAAGUGCUCGAGGAGUGCCAUGCCACUUUCGUGGAAACUGUGCCUUUCAAGACAAUUGCAUUGUUUACAAUUUUCCAAACGGCAUACUUGCUCAUUUGUUUUGGUAUUACAUGGAUUCCAAUUGCUGGGGUCCUGUUUCCUCUGAUGAUCAUGCUUUUGGUUCCUGUGAGACAAUACAUCCUGGCCAAGUUGUUCAAAGGGCCAUUCCUUUCCGAUUUAGAUUCCGCAGAAUAUGAAGAGGCACCAGCUUUACCAUUGAACCUAGCAACUCAGGAGGGAGAGAGGGUUGCAAGAGCUUCUUUUGCAGAGGAAGAUCUUCUAGAUGAUAUCAUUACUCGAAGCCGAGGUGAGAUAAAGCGUAUAUACAGUCCAAAAGUGACAAGUUCCACAGCGACUCCAGCAAAAGAUCCCAAGAGCCUUCAAAGUCCUCGGAUCUCAGAGAAAGCAUAUAGCCCCUGUAUAAGUGAACUUAAAGGGGAUAAAAGUCCCCAGCUAAGUGGGAGAGGUCCUUACAGUCCGAGGACUGGAGAAGCAAGGCCGUCUAAUUUGGGACAAAGUGCUCGGAGCUCAACUUCAACUUAGAAAGGAUUGAAGUAUGAACUCGUAGAGAUAUAGGAAAUCUGGGGUGGUUCUUUCUCUGUGUUUGGUUGGUGUGUACUGACGUUCAUGUAAGUUUUGCCUUCUGCUUCUAUCUACCCAAAGGGUAUUGUAAUCAUAGAAACAUAGCAGUAAUACAAAUGUGUGCUUUUCUGUUCA